UGACAGUUGUGGUCAAGCAACCAGUGAAACAUCUCAGCUGAAGAGACCCUGAACGGAGGAGGGGAGGGGAAAGCCUCUUUUUUGUCUCCAGAACCGUAACGGCCGCGGAGAAACGGACAGCCGUUACCUCCUCAGAUACCCGGCCACGUCUUCCCGCCUUCCACGCAAUGAGUAUCAGCGCUCCGAGAGGCCUGGCCAGCUCGGGGCAAAAGCCCAUCACGGAGAUUCUCCACCCGCUGUCCGCCGCCGAGGAGCCGCUCUCCCCCGGGCCAGAUGUCACUGUCAGCGGUGGAAGGGAUAAGGAAGUGGGGCUGACCAACGGCACGCCGGUUGAGACGCCGAGUCCGGCUUCUGCGUCCGUGCUGUUCAACAGGCUGCAGCUGGACGAUGACUUGGACUCAGAUGCCCGGGACCCCUACGCCGACACAGAAACCCACGACCUUUUCGUCACUGUUGACGACCCAAAGAAACACGUCUCCACCAUGGAGACCUACAUCACUUACAGAGUCUCCACCAAGACAACACGGAUAGAGUUUGACCUGCCGGAGUACUCUGUUCGGCGGCGCUAUCAGGACUUUGACUGGCUGAGGACCAAGCUGGAGGACAGCCAGCCGACCCACCUCAUCCCACCGUUGCCAGAGAAGUUUGUGAUGAAGGGCGUGGUCGAUCGUUUUUCCGAGGAGUUUGUGGAGACGAGGAUGAAGGCCCUGGACAAGUUCCUGAAACGAGUUGCAGACCACCCCGUCCUCUCCUUCAACCCUCAUCUAAAUGCUUUCCUGUCUGCCAAGGACCUCAACAAACGUCAGGGUCUGGCCCUGCUAUCCAAAGUGGGUGAGUCUGUGAAGAACGUGGCUGGAGGCUACAAGCUGCGAGUGCGACCUCCUGAGUUCUGUGCCAUGGGAGAAUACCUGGACACCUUUAACCAGAAACUGGGAACCAUCGACCGGAUCGCUCAGAGGAUCCUCAAAGAGCAAUCAGAGUAUCUAACUGAGCUACGCGAGUAUGGUACAGUCUAUGCCAGUUGGGCGGGGUCAGAGGAGGAGCUGCAGCGCCCUCUGGAGGGCGUGGCUGGCUGUGUGACGACGUGCUGCGGAGCGCUGGAGGACAUGAGCGAGAACAUGGGCCAGGAGUUUCUACCCGUGCUCAGAGAAUACAUUCUCUACAUCGAAUCAAUGAAGAAUGUUUUAAGGAAGCGAGACCAGAGCCAAGCGGAGUAUGAAGGCCGUCUAGAAGCAGCCGUAUUGCGCAAACAAGAGGACAGAACGCCCAUACCAGCGGAGGUAGAGAAAUGCCAGGACAAAAUGGAGUGUUUCAACGCUGACCUGAAGGCAGACUGGGAGCGCUGGCAGAGCAACAAGAGACAAGACUUCAAGCAGCUUCUCACCGGCAUGGCCGACAAAAACGUCACCCAUUAUGAAAAGUGCCAGGCAGCGUGGGAGUCGCUCAUAACUCUCCUCCAGGACAAACAGACUGAAGACAAAACGAGUGAGACGAACUGAAACAUCUCUCUAUCUCUUUCUCUCCGUCUCUCCACACACACUCUCUCGUUCAUGCCACGGAAAAAGACCAACAGGGCAGCAGGUUUACCUGCUGGACUCGGGGCCCCUGUUCUCCUGUGAGAUGAUUGUAUGAGGGGAGUCGUCUCCCUCUAAGAUUUUGGUCCGCUAAGGAGGAAACAUACGGUGCAUUCGAGGACAGCUAGGAAAAGAGGAGAAACCUACUAUGUAUAGUUUUUGCUUCUUUUUUUGACUUUUUCUACUUCAUAUUUCGAGUUAACAGUCGGUUGCCAAUGCUGCUUUGUAUUUAUUUAACCGCAGUCUCUUACUCAACGCUCUCCCAUUUUCAUACUGAGAAAACUGUUCAUGAAGGUGUUGCUGCUGUGUGGGUCUAUGAAGUAUCUUAGGUUUGUUUCAGAUGUGUUCAAAACAUCCUCAAGAUGUUUUCUUUUUUCUUUGUCCUGCCAGGUUGUAAAAGCCUCUGGGAAAUACAACAGUGAAUGAACAGGAAAUUAUGUCUUGUACUCAAAGCACCACACCUGUUGUUUUUUUGUUUUGUUUUUUUUACUCUAUACUUUUACCAAAGGUCACAAACUUCACCCCUGUCUUUCCUGCACCUGUUAUUAAAAAUAACCCACAAAAA